ACCAGUCCAUACUGGUCUAUACUGGUCCGUACUGGUUGCAGAGGCCCGGGAGUGUGUGAACUGCGGGGCGACGGCGACUCCGCUCUGGCGCAGGGACGGCACCGGGCAUUACCUGUGCAACGCCUGCGGCCUCUACCACCGGCUCAACGGGCACAACCGGCCCCUCAUCCGCCCCAAAAAACGACUGCUGGUGAGCAAACGAGCGGGCACCGUGUGCAGCAACUGCCAAACGAGCACCACGACGCUGUGGAGACGCAGCCCCCGCGGGGACCCCGUCUGCAACGCCUGCGGAUUGUACUACAAACUGCACCGGGUGAGGGUGUAA